UGUUAAGAGCUUAAAAGGAAAAUGGGUUGAAGCCAAACCAUCCCAACAAGCUGCAAUUCUUAUUAGCUUCUCUGGUUUUCUGCCGAACGUAACAUGGCAGAAGCUGUUGUUAUUUUUGUUCUGGGGAGGGUUGCUGAUGUACUUGCUGAAAUCCAACUUCCCAAGGAUGUUCGCCCGGAAAUCCUGCGGCUGAGAGAUGAGCUGAAGCGGAUGCAGUGCUUUUUAAAAGAUGCAGAUGCAAAGCAAGAAGACGAUCUGCAGGUGCGCAAUUGGGUUUCUGAUGUCAGAAAUCUUGCUUAUGAUGCUGAAGACCUCAUUGACACAUACAUCCUCAAAGUUUCAUCCUACAAGUUCAAGAAAUGGAACUUUGUUAAGAGAUAUGUUUCCACUCUCAAGGCCCGUUCCAAGAUUGGGAAAGACCUUGUAUUUCUCCGCACAAGAAUCUCUGACGUUUCCAUCAGCCACGAGGCAUACAACAUAAGAAGUAUUGGUGAAGGAACAAGUCAUGCCAAUGAAGGACUACUGAAGCUGCGGCGAUCAACUCCUCGUGGCCAGGAUAAGGAUAUUGUUGGUCUGGAGGAAGAUAUAGCAACUCUGGUUGCACGACUUGUCUCGGAGGAUCAGUGGCGUGCAAUUUCAAUAGUAGGCAUGGGUGGUAUCGGUAAGACCACUUGUGCUAAGGAAGUCUAUAAUCAUGCUGACAUUCAAACUUGUUUCGAUCGCCGUGCUUGGGUCUAUGUAUCCCAACAGUUCAGAACAAGAGACGUACUGCAGAGCAUUAUAAAACAAGUUUCAACAAGAACAAAAGACAUGGCGAAGCUGGGAGAAGACGAGUUGGAAGAAAUGCUCUAUAAACUUUUGGAAGGGAGACGCUAUCUGAUUGUUUUAGAUGAUAUAUGGAGCACCAGCGCUUUUGACAGUCUUGCAAAGGUCUUCCCGAACAAUCACAGUGGAAGUAAAUUAUUUCUAACAACUCGCAACAACAAUGUCGCUUUGCAUGCCGAUACCCAGAGCCUUCCCCAUGAACUGCGAUUUCGUAGCAAAGAGGACAGUUGGAAGUUGUUAUGCCGAAAAGCAUUCACUGGAAGUAUUGAGGGAAUGUGUACUCCACAAUUGGAGGAAAUCGGAAAGGAAAUUGUGGAGAAAUGUGCUGGUCUACCGCUAGCCAUCGUUGUGUUGGGGGGCAUGCUUUCAAGGAAAAGAAGGCUGAGUGAAUGGCAAAGGGUUCUGAACUCCAUCAGCGCACUGUUAGCCCGUGGUCCGAAUGCUGUAUCGGCAAUACUAGCUUUGAGCUAUUAUGACUUGCCUUAUUACCUUAAAUUUUGUUUUCUCUACUUGGGGUUAUUUCCUGAGGACUACUUAUUCUCUGCACGUAAACUUUUUCGGCUAUGGAUUGCAGAGGGCUUGAUCCCAUAUUACGAUGGAAGGAUGGAGGAACUUGCAGAGGAAUAUCUGAAUGAGCUGAUUGAUAGAAACAUGGUUCAAGCAGCGAGGUUGAGUGCAAAUGAUAGGGUGAAACACUGCCGAUUGCACGACUUAAUGCGAGACCUCUGUAUCUCAAAGGCUAAGUCAGUGGAAUUUCUUUAUAUUCAUUCGAAUCUGAAGUGCAGUAUCUUUCAGCCAUUACAAUGCUCUCACUCUCGAGCCCGUCAUCAUGCUGUCUACUCCGGCUAUAUUUCCUCCCUGGAUGAGUCAACUCCAAACCUCCGAUCACUCCUCUUCUUUAAGUUUGAACAAAUUGGAAGUGAAAUUUCGCUUUCUCAUGUCUGCAGAAGUUUUAAACUCCUUAGAGUCCUGGAAUUAGAAGAUGUGAAGUCAUGGGGAAUUCCAAGAGCAAUCGGAGAAAUGAUCCAUUUGAAGUACUUGGGGUUAAGGCAUUGCUCUAUAGGCUCGCUUCCAGAAGAAAUAGGAUGGUUGUCCAACUUGCAGACUCUUGAUAUUCUUGAAAAUGUCAAGAUUAUGAGGGUUCCUGAUGUGUUGUGGAAGAUGAAAAGCUUACGCCAUCUCUACAUGUAUCUUCCUCCAUUCACUGGCAAGUUGCGAAUUGACACUCUCCAAGACCUCCAGACUUUGGCAGGCAUAAAUGUUGAUAGUUUGAGAGGAAUAAACUCUGCCAAUUUAAUCAGUCUUCGGAAGUUGAGCUUGACUGGAAGCAUCAUCACAACCAGUGCAGAGAUUUUUGGUUCCUUAGCCAAUCUUCCGAACCUCCACUCCUUGUCCUUAACGUCUAUAGAUACUUUGUUUCCAACACUCUCUGCACUUUCUUGUCUUCGCUCUGUCUUUAAGUUGCAUCUGAGUGGAGGGAUAAGAAAGCUACCUAACACACAUGAAUUCCCUCCAAAUCUCAACCAGUUGAUCUUGCAUCAAUCCCGUCUUGAAAACAAUCCUUUGGAGAUACUUGAGAAGCUGCCUUAUCUAUUUGUUCUUAGACUAAAACAUUCUUCUUACCGUGGAAAAAAACUGAAAUUUUCUGCCAACGGCUUUCCUCAACUCGAGUAUCUAGAGCUUGAAUUCUUGGAUUCUUUGGAAGAGUUGGAAGUUGAAGAAAGUGCAACGCCGAAGCUGAGGAGUUUGCAAAUCACCUACUGCAAAAAGUUAUGGAUGCUCCCUGAAGAAAUUAAGUCAUUAACUACUCUCCAAGAGUUGGUGUUCGAAGGGAUGCCAAGAAGAUUCAUAGAUAGGCUGCAAGGAGAAGACCGUCACAAAGUCCAGCAUGUUCCCUCUAUCAUAAAGUCAUAAUCGUGCAAUUUGUCUACACCAGGUUCAAAAAAGUUCUGCAUAGGUUUCUCCCAGAAGAGCUUGGAUCAUGUGUUCCACUCGUUCUAUGAUUUGGGGCGGGGUGGGGGAGGGGUGACGCGGUGAGUGUACAACCAAAGAUAAACUAGUGCAGACUGCGUCUGUCUGCAACAAGAAGCUGCAGGGGUCGAACGAUGGUCACGUAUAGCUUGCUUUAAGCUCAAGAAACAUUCAAGAUUGAUUGUAAUUCUAGCCAUACUUAAUUUCAUUUUCUGAUUUUUAUUCAAUUUGAAUAUCCAUAUAUGCCUUGUAUAAUUCACAUAUCAAGAUAUCAUAGUGUUUGUCAAGAAAUUAGAUGCCGAUGAAUUUUCCAAUAAUUUUAUAUGCUUAUCAAAGUAGCCUCUUUUUUCUUAGAAAGAUGUUGAAACUGUAACAAAAGAAAGAUGGUGACAGUUUUCUAGAAAAGUUCACUGUAUUAUCUUGAUGCCGUGUGAAACUA